AUGGAGUUCUCUGGAAGUACACUUUCUCCUUCUGAAGUGGAGAUAUUGGUUCAGCAGUUAAAGCCAAUUCCCAUUGAACGUGUUGGCACUGCAGAAUGGAAAGAACAACGAGAGGCCAUUGAACGACUUAAUAUGUGUACACACAGUAAUGCCGUACAAAAGAAAGAUGAUACCGUAAAAGCAUUCCUUAUAGAACAUGAGAAACUUCCAGUUCUUUUACAUGAAUUACUGGUCAUGGAAGUAUGGCGUCAACGUGUAUUGCCUUUAGUAAUGGACGUCGUAGCCCAAAAUCCCACGGCGAUGUAUAUGUAUGUGUACUAUGAAAUGGUACUAUUAAAUCUAUUUGAGUGUAUUGCCUUUCAUGAGGAGGUUGUAGAGGCUUUAGAUGAGGAUGUAUUGGAGUUGCUGAGUUACUGCUGGCGACAAGUCUCUAGACUCUUUGCAGAGAAGGAUCUCAACAAGAUCAUCACACCACCCACAGCAGAAGAAAUACAAGAGGAAAGUCCACAACAACAUGUAGAACGACAACUCCACCAACAACGUAUACAACGUGCAAUGACUUCUCUCUCUGUAUUGUGGUUUAUUAUUGAUCGUCUUGCCCAAUUACCAUUGGCAGUAUCAACAGCCGUCUUUAUUCAACACGAUCUCGUUCUUGGUCUUGCAGAAGUAGUGAUGCUGCAACCAUGGCUGCGUAGAGGACCAGGCAUUGUACAGAAAUACACAAAUGGUGAAUUCAAACAAGUCUCAUCAUCUGAUGCCCUUUUGGUUUGUACAGCAGAGGCACACACAUGGUUUUCAUUACAUAAACUCUUAUGUGAUCCGGAAUGCCGGCGUCGCUAUCCAUAUACACAAAGUAAAAAGGAAGUUAUUCUCCGUAUUCGUCGCUUUCUCAAUGACACUCUGGUGGAUCAAAUUCCAGCCCUCACAAGUCUACAGCGGGCGUUGGAGGAACUCUCCUUACUGCAGCCACCCAGUGGAACAGAGGCGAAGUUUAAGAGUUCACUCAUUAUUGAGCAGGUCCCGCGUAUAAUGACAGCAGUGGAGUCGGCCCGUAAAUGCAGUUGGGAAGAUAUCGCCGCUACAUUUACUGCAAUGCUGCAGGACCCAAGAGUGCGAAAUGAGGAUGCCAUGCGUAUGGCACGGAUCUUUGAUGAGAUGUUUGCAGAACAGCAACAACAGCAGCAGCAACAACAGGAACAGCAACUUCAAGUGAAGCUGAAAGCAUAG